AGCUGGUAUGCCAAUCAUGAAACCCGAACUCAAUAAUUUACAGAAUGAAGUUGUUGAGAUUCCAAGGAAUGUACAUCUCAACAAAGGAGAGUUAAUCUGUGGAUUUGAUGGAAAUUCAUCUGAAUAUCUACCUCAGAGUGCAACGUUCUUUCAUUUUCAAAAUUUUGAGCAUAAAUUAAAUGAAGAGAAUGUGACAAAAUCAGAGUCAUUCAUGUCUCACAUGGACCUGGUUCAACCUUUAGCAUUUCCUUCACUGGAAACCCCAUUUCUCAAGGAGAAUGUGAUUGUAGACGAUGCUAUAAAUGGUGGAGAUUCUGCAGUCACCAUAUUUUCAUUAUUGAAGAAUGAGAUUGAUGGUCAUGCUUGUGAGACUACAAACAUUGGGGUACUUGAAGAUGAUAAAAUUGCUGACGUUCCUCAAGGAAUUCCAUUUAAUUUUGCAGACAAUGGAGAUUUUGCUGAUAUUAUCCAAUCUUUUAGUAUUUCUCAAAUGGAAAUCUCACUUAAGACUGACAGUCAAACAGUAAACAAAGAAGGUUCAUCGUCAAUCAGAAAGAAAGGAAUUGUUCUGAGCCAGACUCCUCUUUCUGCAACAGAGCUGCCUUUUGUUCAGCAAAAUCAACACAGCUUUCAUUCUUCUGAAUUGAAAAUAUUUCCUACUAAUAAAGAAAACCCUAAGCAUCAAGUGGUCUGUGAGAAGUCGACCAAGGGUCUUGGUCCUCCCAAAAAGAAACAACUGUCUACAAGAGAUGAAUAUUUAGCCCAGUUGAAAUCCAAUGCAAAGAAGACUGUGCAAAUGAGAAAUAACAAGGAGAAGUUGGACUGUUUCAAUAAUAAAAGGAAAAAUCCAAUUCCUACUACCAAAAAGGAGGUGAAACUACUACCAAAUUUUGAUUCUUUUAUUGUAGAAGAGGAGGAAGGUUCAGGUGGAUAUGGAACUGUGUACAGGGCACAAAUGAAGGAGGAUGGAAAAACAUUUGCAAUCAAGUGUCCUCAUGCAAAAGCCAACAAACACCAUGUCCAUAAUGAGUUGAAAAUGCUUGAACGAUUUGGUGGUAAAAACUUUGUGAUUAAGUAUGAAGGCUCUUUCAAGAAUGAAGAUUCUGAAUGUAUUGUCUUAGAGCAUGUUGAGCAUGAUAGACCCGAGGUUUUGAAGAGAGAAAUAGAUGUUUUUCAACUUCAGUGGUAUGGCUAUUGCAUGUUCAAAGCCCUUGCAGGUUUACAUAAACAGGGUAUAGUGCAUAGAGAUAUUAAACCUGGCAACUUCUUGUUCUCUCGCAAGUUCAAUAAAGGUUUUCUCAUUGACUUCAACCUUGCCCUGGAUUUGCAUCACAAGUAUGGAAAAUCUGAUAAGUCUACUUUGACCUCGAAUAAAGUUUCACUUCCUCUUGCAAAAUCAACCCUUGAUGUAAAGCAGAAUCUCUCCAUUGGCAACUCUCAAAAACCAGUUACACUAUCAAAGAAUCGGAGGAAGAAAUCUGGCGAGUUAAAAGAUGGCGGUCCAGAUUUGGUGAAAAUGGAUAGCAAGAAUGGAUUGAAAAGCCAAGGUGAAAAUGGGUCUGGCCUGACAAGCACUAGAACUCCUGGUGAAAAGUUAAAGGAGCCUGUUCCAUGCCAAGGUAGAAAAGAAUUGCUCAACUUUGUUCAGAAAGCAAUGCAUACUACUACUACUACAGCAACAACAACAACAACAACUAAUGAACCAUUCAGUCUUGCAUCUUCAAAAAGAAAGAGGGUUUCAGCCCUUCCUGGAAGAACAGACAAAAAAAUUGUUUAUCUUACUCCAAUGUCACUUCAUUCUCAUGGCAUUCCAGUUGCUGGUGCUGGUCCUGCACAGAAGAAAGGGUAUGGUAAACAUAAGCAAGAAGGUCCAUGUGUUGGAACAAAGGGCUUUCGAGCUCCCGAGGUACUUCUAAGAUCGGCACACCAAGGGACUAAGUUGGAUAUUUGGUCUGCUGGUGUAACACUACUCUACUUUUUGAUAGGAAAAGCUCCUUUCACCGGUGAACCUGAUCAGAAUAUAAAAGAAAUUGCUAAACUCCGAGGAAGCGAAGAUCUAUGGGAACUCGCCAAAUUACACGAUAGAGAAGCUUCAUUUCCAUCGGAUCUCUUGGAUACAGAAUUCCUUCAAAGUACUAAUGUACAAGAGUGGUGCAAAAAGAAUACAAAGAGAAUCGAGUUUUUGGAACAAAUACCGGAAUCACUAAUUGAUCUCUUAGACAAGUGUUUAACAGUGAAUCCGAGAAUUAGGUUAAGUGCUGAAGAAGCACUUCGACAUCCAUUUUUCGAAACAUGUCACGAACAACUUAGGAAGUAUAGACAACGGAAGGAGAAACAACAACAAAAGUAAGAAAAAAUUUGAUGUUCUUAGAUAUCAAAAUCUAUAUAAAGAAAUUUCUAUUAAUUAGUUUGUAAUUUUCACAGAUUAAUGUUGUAAAGAAACUUGAAAUUAAUUGAUUGUUUUUUCUAGAUUUAGA